AUGGCUUCCCCUAGCAGAAAUAAUUUCGGAUUACAGGAUUGUGCCGAACGAUUGAUCGCUUAUUUUUUCGAAUUAUUCAUAUCUGUGCUCCGUUUUCCUCUCAGGACCUUACUUCUUAAUUUACAAAAAUGUGGUUAGAUCAAGUGAACGAAAUUUCAGAAAUAUUUCGCUUUCCUCUUCCGUAUUAUAUUGCAGUACUUGUCCCCAUUUUGUUCAUUCUCUCACCAGCUGAAGCCGCAACAGAAUUUCCUGUGUACCGGCUUCAGCAUUUUGACUUGCAAGGAGUAAAAUAUGGCUCAAGAAGUUCAACUCUUAACUUUGAAGCCAGAUCUGUGGACACAAGACUUCCUGCUAGGAAGUGUGUUAUUUUAAUGAUAAAUGAGUUCAAUCCCAGUCGUUUUCGUGAACUCAUAAAUGAAGGAGUUGGUGCAUUACUAAUAAUCAUUCCUUCAGAUUUAGAAUCAUUAUCUAAUGACAUGAGAGAGAACAUUUUGGACACAGAAAAGUUUCUUCUUAGCCAAGAAAUUGCCAUACCUGUAUAUUUUACUCAUCAUUCUCAACAACUUGAGGAAAUGUACACUAGCAUCAAAGAGAGCACUAGCAAAGAUAGUGCUUCCUCUGCUGCCCAAGCUCUCUUUGGGGCCAUAUCUGCCAAUGGAUACCAGUUAGCUGUCAAUGGAAAUGCAGCAAAACUACUCACAGAUGUUCAAAUUUCCAACAUUCAGGGAAAACUAUCAGGAUUUGGUUUGGAGGAUCAAUUACCUACAUUGGCUGUUGUGGCACAUUAUGACUCUUUUGGAGCUGCACCAGAUUUAUCAUUCGGAGGUGAUUCAAAUGCUUCUGGAGUUGCUGCACUACUUGAGUUAGUUCGACUGUUCUCGCGACUUAGUUCACAACCCGGACAGAACGGUCUUCCUCGUUUCAACUUGGUAUUUAUUCUCACCGGGGGUGGAAAACUGAAUUAUCUCGGUUCAAAGAAAAUCCUGGAAGACCAAAUCGAUGGAGUCGAUGGUGGCCUUUUUCAAGACACAAUUUUUGCCCUGUGUCUGGAUUCGCUUGGUAAUGGCGAGGAAUUAAAUGUUCACGUUUCAAAACCGCCGAAGGAUGGAAGUAACAGUGGAAUCUUCAUCGAAACAUUAAAAAACAAUGCUGCUGCAGUUUUUCCUGACAUGUCUGUCAACAUGAUGCAUAAAAAAAUCAAUUUGGCUGACGAUUUCCUUGCUUGGGAGCACGAGAGAUACUCAAUUCGACGACUUACCGCAAUGACUGUUUCUCAUUUCAAGGCGGCCAAAUCAGACUUCCAACAUGGCACCAUUCUAGACACAAAAUCUUCCGUCAAUGUUUCCAUUUUAGCUCGCAACGUUCGACUUCUAGCAGAAACGCUUGCUAGCCAGCUGUACAAUAUUAGUGGACCGUUUUUCGUGGGAGAUAUGGCCGUCUCUGAAGAAAUGUUAGAUGUUUGGAUAACUUUACUUACCUCGCAAUCGCGAAGUUCUUCUUCUCUUGGUGGGAAAAGUGGAAAUACGGUCAUCAAUAUGCUUCAACAAACCAUGCAACGGUAUUUGAGUGAGGUCAAAGUUUCACAUUUGACUGUCGAUAAACGAGAUCCGGAGUUUGGAUUCUACGAUCAAACGAAAGGAGUAAUGACAGCUUACAGUGUGAAGCCCGCAAUUUUUGAUCUUUUCUUGACAGCUACGAUUGUUGCCUAUUUAGCCGUAGUUUAUUUUGGCGUACAGACAUUCCAUCAACUGUAUGCUGUUUUGAGUGUGAAUCGAUUUUCAAAGAGCAAAUCUUCUUAGAAAUUAUUAGUCUCAAUAACAUAGUUUUAGCUCAUUUGUGUCCCUCCUAGUCUGCUAAUAGAAGGAAGGGUAAAAUAAAGUAUGUUUGAUUAAAAACAAAA